AUGUCAUAUAAUAAAGGACAAGAUUCUUAUGCACCUCCAACUGGAGCACCACCGAAUUGGUCGGAAGGUAAUAAUACAUCAUCUAGGGGUUAUGUACCUCAAGCACAACCAGCGUAUGGCCAACAAGAUCAAGAUAGAGGUUGGGGUGGAGGCCACCAAGCAUAUGGUGGAGGAUAUCAACAGGGAUACCCACAGCAAGGGUACCCACAACAAGGAUACCCACAACAGGGUGGAGGAUACUACCAACAACAACAACCUAUGUACGUACAACAACAGCAUAGUAGUGGUGCCGGAGGAAGUUGUUUGAUGGGAUGCUUAGCAGCAUUAUGUGUGUGUUGCACUUUGGAUGCAAUUUUUUAA